AAGAGCAUCAUAACGAUCAACGAUCCAUUAUGAACAAGCUACUCGUUGCUGUCCUUCUCCUGGCUUUCAUUGCUCAGGCACAAGCCUACUACCUCUACUACUACUACCCAACCAACAACAAUGGAUACCAAACGUACUAUUACUACCCGAAUAACAACAACAACAAUGGUCAAAACACAUACUACUACGAUAAUGGAAACAAUGGAAACACUGGAACCACCUAUUACUACUACCCGAAUAAUGGAUAUACUUACUACACCUAUCCAUACAACUACUACUACACUUAUGGACGAAAGUGAUUAAAGUGAAGAACACGCCCUUAUAUAAACUGCCAAUUUGUAAAAAGAAACUGCUCAGGAAUAGAACAUACAAUUGAAUAAAAAAUAUUUUUCAAACUCCUCCUCAUUGUUUUGAACUACGUAUAAAUUUAAAAAAACAUGUAACAAUUAUUUAUUCAAUAGAACAUUCCAAAAUAAAGCAAAUCAUUAUU